AAUACAUAAAUAAACUUUCCUCUCCCAGCCAUGGGCAGGGAGCUGUUAGAGAAGAUGGGGCUGGGGCAUAGAGCUCUGUUGCUUGUGUUUCUUCUUCUCUGUUUUAUUGUAGAAAAUGGAAUUAUUAGAUUCACAAAAGGAGAAUUAUUGAAAAAUACAGUUCUUCCUUUUAAUAAUAUUACUGUCGGCAGCGCCAAUACCAAUAUCAAUAUCAAUAACAAUAAUACAGUUAGUAGAAGACGAAGAGAGAUCAAACAGCUAAUUACAUCCGCCGGCGCCGGAGUAGGAGAAGCCGGCGGCGAGUGCAAUUUGUUUGAAGGAAAAUGGGUUGUUGACGAUUCAUACCCUUUGUAUGAAUCAUCAAAAUGCCCUUUCAUAGAUGCAGAAUUUGAUUGCCAGAAAUUCGGUCGCCCUGAUCGACACUAUCUCAAGUACUCCUGGCGCCCUGAUUCUUGUAACCAUCUUCCUAGGUUUGAUGGGGUGGAGUUUUUGAGGAGAAUGAGAGGGAAGAAGAUAAUGUUCGUGGGUGACUCACUGAGUUUGAACCAGUGGGAAUCGUUGUCAUGUAUGAUCCAUGCCUCUCUUCCAAAACCUAAUUUCUCAUUUGCCAAGACACAACUCAUCUCCCAUGUCACCUUCCUGGAUUUUGGAGUGACAUUAUAUCUAUAUCAUACAACCUAUUUAGUGGACAUAGUUAAAGAGAAGAUUGGGAGAGUAUUGAAGCUCAACUCCAUCCAAGGUGGCAAUGUCUGGAAGGGAAUGGAUAUGCUGAUUUUCAACACGUGGCAUUGGUGGACCCACUUAGGGAUAUCCCAGCCAUGGGAUUAUAUCCAAGACGGGCCCACCAUCACUAAAGACAUGGACCGUCUUGUAGCAUUUUACAAAGGAUUAACAACGUGGGGCAGAUGGGUUGACCUAAACGUCAACACAACUAAGACCAAAGUCUUCUUUCAAGGGAUCUCUCCUACUCACUAUGAGGGAAGGGAGUGGAACUCAAGAUCGAAGGACUGCUAUGGAGAACACGAACCACUGUUGGGAGAGACGUACCCGGCUGGCAUUCCUCAGGCAGCCAUUGUUGUUAAAAGAGUUCUGAACCAAAUCAAGAAACCAGUUUAUCUUCUAGACAUAACUCAUCUAUCCCAGUUGAGAAAAGACGCCCAUCCAUCUGCUUACGGGGGAGAGCAUGGAGGCGGCACAGAUUGCAGCCAUUGGUGUCUUCCUGGUCUGCCUGAUACUUGGAAUCAACUUCUCUAUUGUGCAGCUAUCACCAUUUGAGACAUGAAUUGUCGGUUUCAGUUUUAUCUUUCUAUGUAUAACUUGUAAAAUUAUUAGUUGAUGUCUCAUGUUUUGAUUCUCAUUAAGAAGAUGUUUGUAUUAGUCUGUUACAGAAAAGAAAAACCAUGAAGAGUGAUCUUGCUAACAUGA